GUAGGAGGCCAUCUCUCGUCCAACCGUCAGUUGGCGUAGUACUUGGUUCUGUUUCUGUUUAUUUUCCCGGACUGAGAAGCAAACGCGGGCCAAAAUUGGGUGAUUCGUUAACGUAAAGGCGUUUCGGACGCAUCCGGAUACAAGGCUGGCCAGCUGCGCCAUUCUUGUCGUGUGGUUCUUCUCAUCAGCCACACUACAUCAGCCAACCCUGGCUGUCAGGUUGUCAUAGUCGGAUUAUUGUAGUUAGCUGUUGCGAUGUCGCACACUGCAGGAAUGGACACAGGCUUGCCUGUACCGGAUGCCAUCCCCCCGCUCGAAAAGCUGUACGAGGACCUGAUUUUAAACUUGGUCCAGGAGAUUAAAUUUCAACCGGACCUUCAUCAAUUACCUAUUACAACGGACGAUGAUGAAAUAACUAUUGAUGCUCGGGACAGAUCUGCUCAUGUUCUAAGAUGCUUGAAAGUGGUGUACGAUUUGUCUUCUGACGUAUUCUUUAUUGCGAUCAACUUGAUAGACCGUUUCUUGACCAAGAUGAAAGCAAAACAGAAGUAUAUGGCCUGUAUCAGCGUAUCAGCCUUUUACAUAGCCGCCAUCCAACGGAUGCAAUCCAUAGAUGCCGACCACCUGGUCUCGAUCUCGCAGUGCGGAUGCACGGCUCAAGAUUUAAGACGCAUGUCAAAUGUGAUACAAGAAAAGUUGCAAUGGGCACCCGGUACUCAACCUACUACUACUCUAACUUUUCUACGUUUGUUCAACAAUAUGUUUCACGUGAUAGCGAAGCAAAUGCAUUUCUGCGACGUGUAUACCACUAUCGUCAAGGAAUCCGAAUUAAUCCUUCGAUUGGAAAUGGUGACUUGCGAUGGUAAUUGUGCGAGUCUCAGACCAUCUGAAGUAGCUCUGGUUUUACUAUGCACUUAUUUCGAUGCUGCUGCUAAACGAUUGAUUGCAGACGCCACCGUGUCUGCCGAAAGUCCAUCCUCGCACAAUACAACUAACAUUACGUCAUCCUAUCAAAUGCUGAAAGAUGAACUCAUGCAGUUUGCUGUGGAACUCCGAGAGACAUGCAAUAUUUCAGAGGAGAGUUUUCGUUUCACUCAUGGGACUGUAGGCGCCAUACUGAGCAAGUAUAACGCCCAGGAACAAAUGCCAUACAAACAGAAGCUAAUUUGGAAACUUUCAUCGCGCACUGAAUGUAUGUUACGUCCAACCGAAAAAUUCAUAUCUGUACUACCUGCUAUUGCGGAACAUGCGCCAGUUCCAUCACCGAAUAGGAUCAGGAAAAACCGUAAAUACGCCCGACGCCAUGGCAAUAAAAGACGUUAAAGUGGCACCAUUUUGAAAGUACAGCACUGGAAUUUUCAUCCGAUAUAUCAAAUGAACUUUUUGAUAUACUAUAGAUAUCUGGUACACGUCGAGUUAAAAACGCAAGAUUUUUCACUUUUUUUACAUCCGAAGAUCAAAAAAGAAUUACACAAAAGUACAAAUAUCAAUUCAAGCAUUAUGAUGAUUUUCUUCAAAAACUUUGUGUCAUCUACUGGAACAUGUAUAUACUGGCGAAAUAUAAAAAUCGUCAUCUCACACUAUACAUGUAAGAUGUAGUAAUACAAGUUUUGCCAGUAUGUGAAUCAUUAUCGCACAACAUAUUAAUUACAUACAGACGCGUAUUUCGAAAUAUUCGUGCAAAUAUUUUAUAAAGAAGACAAAGAUUUGAACCUCGCCCUAUUCCAGUGAUAAGAUUGAAUAUUAAUUGCUAUAAUGAGCAUAGAGAAAAAGAAAAGGUGAACAGAGAUAUAAGCGCUGUGGAAAGCAAAAAUAAUCUUUAAAAAAGAUUGAGAGUUAAUGUGAUAUACAAUGUUCUUUAUAGUUAUUAUCUAAUUAGGAAAAUAACAUCUGAUAAAAAGCAUAUAUCUAUUUACAAAAUGUGUUAAAAACGAGAAAAAAGUAUAAAGUAUAUAAUAAGAAUUGCGAAAGUAUUAACAAUUUCGUAUAAUAUAAAACGAUUUUUAUAAAGACAAAAACAAAAAGAAGAUAAAGAUAAAUUGAUUGACACAAAUAAGGAUAAAUACCAAAUGCGCUGAAACCUAUGCUCGCUAAGUUCGACGAAGAAAAAAAACAGUUUUGUUGGUUUUGGUUUCGUUGUAUCGAAAUAUGUUUUUUUUAAUCUUUGUUUUGAAAAGAACGAUUGAUACAUAGAAACAUACAUAUAUAAAUGUGGAAUUAGCGCACUUGGAAUGAAUUAUUUGGCGUGCACGCACAUAUAAACAAUAACAGGAAAUAUACGAAUUGUAGCAUAAAUUCAUACUACAAUAUUUUGAAAUGCACAAAUAUGUAAUUCGGAAUGUCGGAGACCAAUUUCGCUAUCAUGCUGCAAUACAAAAGACGUUUUUUUUUUUUUUUACGUUUAUUCCAAAGAAGAGAAGAAGUCAUUGUAUAUAUUUUUGCUUCUUUUCUGUAUGAAGAAUAUCUCGUACAUUUUGGAAUUAGGUUUUCUUGCGAUAAUAAUAGAAACGCUUUUUAUUGAUAUCAGUUAGUUUUUACUAUCAUUUAUUUAUCUGAUUCAUCACAGUAGGCUAGCUAGUAAUAUAAGAACAAAACGUGAAGAAAUACUCCAAGUCCGAUUUGUCGUUGUCUCUUAAUCUUUAAUUGAUUGUGUAAUACAUCACCAGUAGAUAAGCGGUAGACUGCACGCUGUGCAUUUUGCAUGCGACCAAGGAAGGAUUAAGAGCGACCGCGAUAUCAAAAUGUAAAAAUACAUGAUAUAAAAUUCAAAAACAGACGAUAGCAUGUGUACAAUGCGUCGUAAUGCGAGCAAACGUAAUUUUAUUUUACAAAAACAUUGAAUUUUUUAGGUAAUUUAUAUAUAUUUUCAUAUAUAUUUUUUAAUUUAUGCUCCACAUCAAGUGCGUUAAACGACAAAAUGUCGCGAUUGACAAUAGAAUUCACACAAUUCGGUGUUCGAAAACCAGUGUGCACUAUCUGCGUUUGUAAUUGAAGGAAAAGAAAAAAGGGGGCAAUUGGUUCAAGUUUGCAAAUCUUAGCCAGUUUACGCUAGUCAUAAGUCGUACUUCCACUUCAUCAUCUGUUCUCUUCUUUGUGGCAUCAAUACAAAUCACGUGAGUUUAAUUCCACGAAGCUUUUUUAUUUUCUAUAACAAAUCUCUAUAAUUAUACGCCACUCACCAUGAAUAUUCGGAAAGUGUUUGAUCCUCAAUAUUUCUUUAUUGGAAACAAGCCGAAGACUCCACAAGUUCCCAAAUUAUAAUUAAUAUUAAUUAUAAUAUAAUCCCAAAUUAAUAGUUUUAAAUAAAUAAUGUCCAAUGUUUGCUAGAAAGUUUGUAAACAAAUCAAAUUGGACAUGAAUUUUGUUACAUAUUAUGUCAAUCAAUUAUCAACAGAUAUAAAAAAAUAUGCUUACAAACCUUGCAAAUAGUCGAAUAUCGAGCAAGGCUUGAUAAUAUACUGGUCACCAAAUUUUCAUCAAAGAGCAAAGUUUGCACAAUUUAAUUUAAAUUUUUAAAUUGUCAAAUUGCUGUAAAAAAAUAAUUGACAUCAAACUGAAUAGCAGAUUUUGCUCGCUUUUUGACAAUUUACUCUCAAAUUUUGAUGCAAACCAUCAGCAAAUACAAAAUGAUUACGAACAGAUGCUAUAGUAUUUGAUACAAAGUUUUAAGCGAAUUUGUUGUCAAUUUGAUGACAAUCUAAUGAAAAUCGUUAGUGGGUAUGUAACGAGGACAUAAUUUGGUUAAGCAAAGUUGCGCGUCUCGGGACGUUGAUGAUUAAAGAUGUUCUUCUGCAGAGAUGCAGUAUUGCAUUUAAAAUUUGAGACUGCAAGAGCAAAAUAAAGAAUCUGAUCUUAUAAUAAUGAAUCCGUAGGAUGGUGUAUUAUAUUUUUCUUUUUGAGAAAAAAGAAUAGGAAGCUUUCGUUUUACGAAAAAUAUUGUUUCUAUAUUUAAGUAUUUAUCUCGUGUAUUUUAUAAAAAAAGCACAAAUUUUUAUUCAUUAGUAUUACACAGUAUACAAACUUCAAAAUUAUUAACGUUGGUUUUCUUAGCAAAUACGAUAACAUAUUUUUCAAAGAUCUUGUGCAACGUGGAAUAUGUACGAAGUAAAACUGUAUAUGUGCGUUUUAUAUCAACGAUAAAAAUCGAAUUUGUAAUGCACAAAAGUUUGUUUAUAAUAAAAUUAUAAAAGAAUAUAA